AAUAUGGCGCUGGGCAGUUGUGUACGUUCCUUUAGUGUGUUUAGUCAUCAGUGAGAGAAUUUCGCGUUUUCGCCCGAAACUCCAUCAAUAUAUAGGAAUUCCGAUUAGAUUUUGGAGAAAAUGCAGUCGCGUUUAUGAGAGGUGUUCGGUCGCGUGUGCAAAGCUAGGACAAUAUGACCCGGACAAAUUCCCACUGGACGAGAAAACUUCUGAAACCUGCGCUGGAGUGCGUCUUCUUGGCUUUUGUUUUGACGUCUACGUCUGAAGGAUAUGUCUUGGAAUUUGCAACGGAACCUCAAGAUACGGUCGUACAAAACGGACAUUCAGCCGUCCUAGAUUGCGUGGUGAAAACGGCGGAUCAUCAUCAGAGUGCAAUAGUGACGCAAUGGUUGGAUCAGGACCACCAGGCGCUCUCCUUCGUAGGCGAUAAUUACAGGUCUCAGCUGACUAACGGUUCGCUUUAUAUAAGCAGCGUAUCAGAUCAGCAUGGCUUAGCUCUGACCGGCGCUUAUCAGUGCAAGGCUUCACUUCCUGGAGGUGCUUCCAUUGUCAGCAGGACGGCUCAGCUCAGUUUAGCAGCUUUAUCGAAUUUUAUUCGAGAGCCACUCGAUAUAACCGUGUAUCGUGGUCAGAAGGCGCACUUCGCGUGCAGAGUCCAUUCCGUGCCACCGCCUCAAAUAAGGUGGCUCAAGGAUGAAAGACCUCUGAAACGGGAUGAAGUCAGGAUGACCUUUCUGCCAUCCGGUGCAUUGGAAAUCGACGAAGUUAAAGAUUCGGAUCAAGGAUCCUACAGAUGUAACGUAUCCGGGUUGAAUUCGAAUCUAUUAAGUAACAAAGCCAAUUUGAUCGUCGAGGAUGAUAUCGACCAGAGCUACGCGCUCUCCGCUCCAACUUUCAUAGCCUCACCUCUACCAGAGGUUGUGGUCGAAGGGCAGACCGUGACCCUUGAUUGUGCAGCUAAUGGGAAUCCAACGCCGAGUAUUAAAUGGCUCAAGGACGGCUAUGCCAUUGACAUUGCCGAUCUGGACAGCAGAUUCAAUUUAGUAGGAUCGACGAGUUCGCUGACUAUCGUUCGCAUCCAGAAGGAGGACGAAGGCACUUACCAAUGCCGCGCCGAGAAUAAGGAGGACAGUUUAGAUGCGAGCGCUCAGAUCCAGGUUCAGGUUCCACCAAAAUUCUUAAAGAAACCGCAGCAUAAAACGGAAUUGGUGAAUAAGGAUGUUGAAUUGGAAUGUGCGGUUUAUGGAAAGCCGGAACCGAAAGUGCAUUGGCUCAAAAACGGGGAACAUAUUAACAUGAACGAAUACUAUCAACUAGUCAAUGGGAAUAACUUGAAGAUUGUGGGUUUAAUGAAGAGCGACACGGGCUUAUUCCAAUGCGUCGCCGUUAACGCAGCGGGUAAUGUCCAAGCUGCUGCAAGUCUAACAGUCAUAGACGGGAAGUCUAAGAGUCCUAAGAAGCCGAAUAAGCGUAAGAAAACUGCGCAGCUGAGGCCGAAUGACGAAACGUCUCGUGCCCUAUUCGAUAUCUUGAAAUCUGAUAGCUCCUCCGGUUCGAAGCUGGGCGACUUUAAUUUCGGGUACUCCGCCCCUCUGAAACCCUUCAAUAACAAUAACUACAGACAUGGUCCCUACUACCAAAGUAACUUCUCGACGCUGCAAAAUUCCGACAGCAAUAACAAUCUGGGAGACACAUUAACCAUUACUGAUCCCUUUUCCUCUUCCAAACCGUACGUAGGUGAUGACCCUGGACACAUCUUAGAUGGGGCUCCUGGCCCACCGCAAGACCUCAAAGCUCUGUUCAUCAAAGCGAGAUUCAUCGUUCUCAGCUGGAAACCUCCGGUCGUUAAUAAUGACGAUAUUGUCACUUAUUCCGUUUAUUUUCGACACGAGGGGAGCGAACGCGAGAGAGUCCAGAACACAACGCGCGCCAAGCUCGAGGAAAUUAAUAUCGGCAGUUUGCAGCCGGGGAAAGUUUACCAUUUUAGGGUCGUCGCUUACAAUUCUCUUGGUAUGGGCGCCUCCUCCGAGACGUUAGCAGUUACCACACAAAAUGAAGAAAAUGUUCCGAGCGCUCCCGUUGAUUUCGAGGCAUACGCCACUAGUACCAGAUCCAUACACGUAAGCUGGAAAGCUCCGGAGAUCCCGAAUGGCCCUAUUCUAGGCUACAAGAUUUACUACAUUGAGAUAUUACAGUCGAUGGAGCACAGCGUUGAGACGAAGAACACCGAAUUCGAUAUAAUAUCAUUAUCGGUGUUCAGUAAAUACAACGUUUGGGUGGUUGCUUUGAACAGUAACGGGCCGGGAACCGCAACCGAGGAAAAAGUUGUGCAAACUUUCAGCGACGAACCUUCCGAACCCCCAUAUAACGUCACCCUCGAACCGGCAAGCAGCACCAGUAUAAUCGUUCGGUGGGAGCCGCCUCCGCUCGAAGGACAGAACGGAAUUAUUACGGGGUAUAAACUCCGGUACCGGAUACAGGGCAAGAAGGGCAGCAAUACUUUGUCGACAGCCGGAAACAGCCGCAUUUACACGCUAACCGGUCUCGAGCGCGGAUCCAUAUACCAAGUGAAACUCUGGGCACUCAACAUCAACGGCACAGGUCCACCCACCGACUGGAUCGAAAUUGAAACGUACACGAACGAUCUAGAUGAAAGCAGGGUACCGGAUAAGCCGGGACCUUUGAAGGUGCGCCCCGCUUCCGAUAAGCUGUAUGUGGUCUGGAGUCCACCCGAAAACCAGAACAUCAAAAUUCGAAAUUAUAUUCUCGGUUGGGGCAAAGGAAUACCGGACAUCUUCUCACACGAACUAGACGAGAAGCAAAGGCAGUACAUCAUUCCGAAUCUAGAAGCAAAUUCCGAAUACGUCAUCAGCUUAAGGGCGAGCAACGAAAUUGGAGCGGGAGCACCGGUCUAUGCGAACGUUCGCACAAGGGAAGAGCAACCUCCGGAUCUCAUCAGCCCUCUGAUUCCACCUGUUGGACUCAAAGCACAGGUCCUCAGCGCUUCGAGUGUCAUCCUCUAUUGGGUAGACACUACUUUGAGCAAAACUCAAUUCGUAAGAGACAACCGCUACUAUGUAGUGGAAUAUCGAUACACUUCAGGAAAAGUCCCAAAAACCAGGCAUGUGAACGUCACCAAUUUGAAUGUGAUGAUUGACGACCUGAAACCGAACACUCUUUACGAAUUCAGCGUAAAAGUAGUUAAAGCUCGGAGGGAGAGCCCUUGGAGUAUGGUUGUUACAAACACGACCUGGGAUGUACCACCAGGCAACGCGCCAAGGGAUUUGAACAUCCAAUUGGCCGAGGACACGCAAUUGGUCGAAUUAUCCUGGCAACCGCCCAAGCAGCAAAGCGGGCAUGUAACAGGUUACAUUAUUCUGUACACGAACGACAGCACUCUGAGGGAUCGCGACUGGUCGGCACAGGCCGUCAAAGGGGACAAACAUAAAUCCACCUUGACGGACCUCCAACCAUCAACAAAAUACUUCUUCAAGAUUCAAGCUCGGAACAACCGCGGGAACGGUCCUUUCUCUUCAGUGAUUUCAUUCAAAACGGGUCAAAACACGGGAUUUCUGCCAUUGGAUGCACAUAGCAAGGAUAAAAUGGGUGUAUUUUCCGGGACUACCCUGUUGAUUAUAAUAACCGUUUCUUGUGUGGUUGCGCUAGUAACUGGAAUAUCAUUGAUCGCAAUAUCUUGUUGUCGAAAACGUCCGACUAACACGACUCCGGAUAGAAGUAAAAAGGGUUACCAAAAAGGUACACAAAACGUGAAACCGCCAGAUCUAUGGAUCCACCAUGACCAGAUGGAGCUGAAGAACAUGGACAAGAGUCAUAAUAAUGAUGGUGCCAGUAGUAGCGGUGCCAUGACGUUGCCCAGAAGUGUGGGUACAAAUGAUUACGAUGACAGAGACACGCAACACACGAAUUCCUUGGAUAAGAGGACCUACGUUCCAAAUUAUAUGGCUAUUCCAAAUGCUCCAACAAUAAAUUCGAGUAAUUUGAGUCAAACGAGUUCGGAUUCGACGCCUUCAAACAGACCAUCGUAUCCUCGGACCCAAUACACAAUUUCAAGGGCUCAUGUCACCCUUGAUCAAAACCCGACAAUCGACAGCCCCUACGCUUCUCAUACGUCCAAUUAUGAUGCGCACAACGCAGCUCCUCCUUACAUUAAUCAAGUUCCGCCCCCUAUAGCCCACGUUCCGCCAUCCAGUACUUACGCCCCCGGAAUGAGUAUCUUAGCUGAAUCACAAGCCAACAAACGGAUGCCAGGAGCAAAUCAGCAUCCUCUGAAGAGUUUCACCGUUCCAGCACCUCCUCCUAUCUCCGCCCCAGGGACGCCGCAACCUAAGCACGUCGUAACGCCUGCUCAAUUAAUAGUGAGACCGAACCAAUCGCCGUACAAGAAACCGCCUUCGAGCGGUUCCAGCACUCUAACGGGAACACCCCCAUCCAGGAUUGCCAGCAACCCGCCCCCGCACAACGUCGAAGAGGUGCAGAGACUGAAGCCAUCACAUUCCACUGAAGAGCUUAACCAGGAGAUGGCGAAUCUGGAAGGGCUGAUGCUCACACUUAAUGCCAUAACUGCCAACGAGUUCGAAUGUUGAGAGUACACGAAACAGGCCCCUCCCAAAAUACCCCAUCCACCUUAAAAGUAAAUAAACAAAAAAAAAACACGUGAUCUCUAAACAAAAACAUAAAUAAUUAAUUGAGAGAAAG